GGCUUUGCGUAAGAGCAAGAGGUGGGGGGGAGAGUGGAAGUGCGAGAGAGAGAUCCUUACAAUACCUUAUCGUUGUUUGGUUGGACUGAUGGUGCUGUUUGAAGCGACUUGGUGACACAAAUGGUGUCAUGGCCCUAAAAACACCGACUCUGAGGGUGGACCGAAAGCAGUUGAAAUGCCCCCCUUUGGAAGAAGUAGCAACAGUGUUGUCAAAAGGACUUCAGGAUGUUUUUUCUCAUGUCUCGGUGGAGGUUGUUGAUUGCCCUGAUCUCACUCAACAGCCUUUCACCCUGGCUCGACAAGGUCUUGGAGGAAAAACCGCUUUGGUUGAAUCGGGUGGCGUGCCAUUUCUGCUUCCUCUUGUCAACCGUGAAAAACUAUAUGAAAUGCAAGAUUUUGGAAAGCUCACAGGUUUGGAAUCCUUCCUUAUCAUUGGAGCAGGAGCUGGACCAUGGCCUCACGCGGGCACAAAUUGUGAGCUAAUGGCAAACUUAUCUGUUGACGGUAACAAAGUUGAUAAUCAAAGUCGAAUUGCAAAAGUAGAUCCGAAAGAUAAGAGCUGCUUAUUGGAAACACUGCCUGAAAAAGAAACUCGUCACGCCCUUCUUGGUAAUUUAUUCUGCACCGAAGGAAAGCCAGGCAAGGUUCUCAAAGUUCAUUGUCGUCAUCGAAUCGGAGAGGAUGACUUUGUCACAAGCUUACGAAAAGCACUAGCGUCUCAUUACAAGAAUGAGGCCGUUGGACUUGGUGGAACAUUUCUUCUGAAAGAGGGCAAGGCCCGUCAGCAUGUCAUGCCAGACUUCUCUCUCACUCCUUUACACACUGAAGAAGAUCUGUCAAAAUGGCUGAGAUUUUUCAAUAUGUCCGCUCCAUUAAUUGCUGUUGGAACUCUAAUUUCUGCUGAUCCAGGUCUAGAUCUCCGUGUUCAACAUUUCCACAGUUUUUCUCACCAUGGAGAGGGUGGACAUUACCACAACGAUACAACUCCAAACACAGCGGAAUAUUUGGGUUACUUUAAUCUUGGUGAAUCUGUUAUUCGUGUUGAUGCUCCCAUUGAAACUCACCACAUUGGAAGAGAUUGAAAAGGAAUAAUGUUACAGUUUUGUUGAUUUGUUUUUGAGCAAAUAAGAACUGUUUUAGUUCAGUUGUUCCUGAUUGUGCCUUAUAAUUUUAACUUAAAGAAUAAUGUAGCUCACCUUAAACGUUUUACGAGUGAAUGUCGAUAGGUUUAUAGAUGUUUUAUUUCAGAUAGACCUUUUUUACUUAGUGCCAUGUUUUUUAAUGUAACUGCACUCAAAAUUUUACAACUUGGGGGAAAAACGGUAUCGAAUGAUUGAAUUGUUUUGUACAGUAGAGUUGGUGAGUUUGCACCACCUUGACCUCUACAAAAAAAAAUAAUUGUUGUUUCUUUUUAGUGUAAAGUCUAUUUUUGACAUUGAAAAGGGGUAAAUUUUUGUUUUUAAAAAAUCCUAUCCAAAAGUUG